GUUUGUCAGCACGUGGCCGAUAGCAGGGGGUCAAUACCACUGGGUUCAUAUGCUUGCUCCCAAAGACCGGAAAAAAAACUCUGGGCUAUAUAACAGGCUGGUAGAGCGUCAUCGCGCGACAAGCAAUCACGGCAUCCGGAUGAUACCUCAUGGCUCCUACAAUCCAAGCCAUCGUCGUAAAUCCACGGUCCUCUUAUGACACGCGACAAUGGCACGGGACCCUCAUGGCUGUCGCUGUCAUUCUCGUCGGUCUAUGCUUCAAAAGUUUUCUUGUUGAAGGGUUGCCCAACGUCGAGACUGAGAUUCUAUUCUUUUAUGACCUUGUUCAUCAUUAUACUGGUCAUCAUAAUGGUCAUGUCGCUGGCAAAAAGUACAACAUCUGGUCACUCUUUCUCAAUCAGGGAGCAUACGAGAGCAAAGGAUUGAGUUUCUUCGUUACCCUCAUCGCACCUGUUUUCGAUUUCACCGGCGUGGAUGGUGCUGUGCACAUGAGUGAGGAAGUCUGGAGCUCAAGUGUUUGCCAUGCGCUGUACUACUAGAGCAUUAGAAGAGCACCUGAAAGCCAUAAUCUAGGGGAUCUGGGAUGCAAAGACCCCUGAGAACAAGCUACCCAGGCGAUCACCUGUACAGACAUGGCAAAGUCAGACGUUCAAAAGCGAGCCUUUGCUCACGCUUCGGUGGCCGGAGACCGCGACAGUAAUCUC